AUGAUGGCUUACGAAGCAUUUAUUGCUAUUGGAAUUUUAUUGGUUGCUGGUAAUGUAGAGGGCAAACCUAUAUUUAAGAAAAUUGGUGUGGCAACUCAUCCUGUCUACACUCAACCGCAGCCCACUUAUGUUCAACCGCAGCCCACCUAUGUUCAACCAGCACCAGUAAUACAAGCCCAACCCGUUUAUGUGCAGGCAGCCCCAGCUCAUCCCCCUCCUCCACCACCACCACCACCACCGCCACCUCCUCGACAGAUUAUCGUACAGCCUGUAAUAGUUCGACCUGUAGUCCAACAUCCUGCACCACCACCACCACCUCCUCCUCCGAAACCUGUAAAGGUUCAACCUGUAAUAGUUAAACCUAUAGUGGUGCAACCAAUUAUUAAACCAGUUCAGGUACAACCAGUAGUUCAACACCCAGUAGUACAGCGACCAGUGGUCCAUUAUCCAGUAGUUCAACAAACAGUUGUAACAAAGCCAGGUCAUGGGAAGCGCAAAAAACAUCAUUAA